GUUGCUGCGCACUCUUUGGUAGAAGUUGGCCUCCACGCACACACACACAUGUCAGCGGAGUUUGUCCGUCUGUCACUUUGCAAAGCGCCUUCGCAGACAACAUGGACUCCACGACUUUCUGACAGCCGCGUGGAAAACGACUACCGACGCCCUUUUUCUUUUCUCCUACACGCCGCAUGUGGCGUCUCCUGUCCUCGCAUUUUGACAAGCGUGCUAACCCCCCCACUCUUCGCUAGUAUCUAGCUCGCUAUGCUAUCUGACUCCUGAGGUUCAACAUUGCUAUUUUAGUCGGCCUUUAUUUAUUUGACCUUUUUUUUUUUUUUUAAUUCCCGCCAAAAACAACGACAACAACAAAAAAGAGGACGAGAUGGGACUGCACCCGCUGGAGUUCAGCGAGUGCUACCUGGACAGCCCCAGCUUCAGGGAGAAGAUCAAGGCUCACGAAGCCGAGCUGGACAAAACCAACAGGUUCAUCAAGGAGCUCUACAAAGAUGGCAAGAACCUCAUCAACGCCACCAAGCAGCUGGGGAUGGCACAGCGCAAGUUCGCUCAGUGCCUGGGAGAGUUUCAGUUCGAGUACAUCGGCGACGCGAAGACAGACGACGAGCGGUGCAUCGAUGAGUCAUUGCAGGAGUUCUCCUCAUUCCUCAAGAACCUAGAAGACCAAAGAGAGCUGAUGAUGAGAAACAUCACAGAGACGCUCAUGAAGCCCCUGGAGAAGUUCCGGAAAGACCACCUUGGCACAGUAAGGGCGCAGAGGAAGAAGUAUGAGAAAGAAACGGAGAAGUACUACAGCUCGCUGGAGAAGCUUCUCAACAUGUCUGCAAAGAAGAAAGAACCCCACCUACUGGAGGCGGACGGCCAGGUGGAAGCCAUGAAGCAGCACUUCCAGGAGGAGUCGCUGGACUACGUGUGCAGGCUGCAAGAGAUCCAGGAGAGGAAGAAGUUUGAAUGCGUGGAGCCGAUGCUGGCUUUCUUUCAGACGGUCUUCACUUUUUACCACCAGGGUUUCGAGCUUGCCAAGGACUUCGACCAUUAUAAAAGAGCACUGCAGAUCAAUAUUCAGAAUACGAGGAGUCGCUUUGAGGGCGCUCGCUCCGAGGUCUACGAGCUCAUGAAAAGGAUCCGGGAGGUGCCUCAGGACUACAGGCAGACCAGCUCCAUCAGCUAUGAAGGCUACCUCUACGUCCAGGAAAAACGGCCACCGCCCUUUGGUUCCAGCUGGGUGAAACGUUACUGCACUUUUGUCAAAGAGCAGAAGAUCCUGCAUAUGGUGACCUUUGACCACAGAUCUGGUGGAAGGACUGGUGAGAUGGAGUCAGUUACCCUCAAGUCCUGCCUGCGCAAAUCCACAGACAUGUUGGACCGAAGGUUCUGCUUGGAGCUGGACAUAACAGACCGGCCAGGAACGGCCCUCACAGUGCAGGCUCUUUCGGAGGGGGACCACAAGUUCUGGAUGCAGGCCAUGGGCGGGAAGGAGCCUAUGGGACACUAUCUUGGAAGGACAUAUUCCAAAGAGAGAGGAAUCGAUGCCCAGCUGGAUGAAGUGGGUCUGGAUUUUGUGAAGAACUCCAUCAUCGCCAUAGAAACCAGAGGUAUCAAUGACCAAGGUCUGUACAGAGUAGUGGGAGUAAGCUCCAAGGUCCAGAAUCUCCUCUCGUUAAUGAUUGAAAAAAAGAGCGACGACGUGGACCUGUCCAACAGCGAGGACUGGGACGUCAAGACCAUAACCAGCGCGCUGAAGCUGUACCUGAGGAGCCUCCCCGAGCCACUGAUGACCUACGGACUUUACAAGGAGUUCAUCAGCCUUGCGAAGGGCGGCAGUCCAGAGUCUCGCAUCCAGGCGGUCCACUGCCUGGUCCACAAGUUACCGGAGAAGAAUCGCCAAGUCCUGGGGCUGUUUAUGAAGCAUCUGGCCAACGUGGCUGCCCACAGUAAACACAAUCUGAUGACCGUGGCCAACUUGGGCGUGGUCUUCGGCCCCACGCUGAUGAGGCCGCAGGAGGAGACAGUCGCUGCCAUCAUGGAUCUGAAGUUCCAGAACAUCGUGGUGGAGAUCCUCAUCGAGCACAAUGAGAAGAUCUUUUCAGACGCUCCCGAGUCCUGCCCCCUUUCAACCACCGCCCCAGUCCUCUGCGCUCCCACCAGGCAGUCCAAGAAGAUGAAUAGGCAGAACCGUCCCCUGGCUGUCUACAAUCCACAAGCCCUGGACAUUCAGACCGUGUGCGACCUCGCCAACGACCAAACAUCAAUGGGCAGCAAUGAGUCCGUGUCGUCCCAGUCUUCAACCGCCUCGGUGCCGGAGACGCCGUCCGACAAGGGCGACCACGCCUCCUCAGGCACCAACUCCAGAGCGUCCACCGCAGCAGCCUCCUGGUUAGGAGAGGGCCAGCACGUCUCCACACCCGACAAAGAAAAGCCACACGAGAGUGUCAGCGGCAGGAAAGCCAAGGCGGUGUUUCCGUGCGAGGCCGAGCACGACUCGGAGCUCUCCUUCCAGGUCGGCGCAAUUUUCAACGCCGUGACCCCGUCCAGAGAGCCGGGCUGGCUGGAAGGGGAGCUGCAGGGCAAACGGGGCCUCAUCCCUGAGAACUAUGUGGAGAUGCUGUAGACCCCCCACCCCACUCCCCGCCCCCGACGCAGACAAAGAUGAUUAUUGUUAUUAUAACGAUGUGCACGUGCCUUCCUGGUCGCCACCCAGCCUUAAACGUUUGUGGACUCGACAUGAACCGCACCAGCUUUGUCCUACGCGUGCUUGCUGUCGUCGAGGAAACCACUCGGGUUUUGUUUUUUAAUUCCUCCGCACUGCUGUAAAACCCUGGUAGCAUCUUUUGGCUGCCACGCCCCCCCCCCACUUAUACAUGGUAUCCAUGGUAAGCCCCGCCCACAGCAGGGGCCUUUUGGAGCAGAGAUCCCCGAGUGUAGGAACAUGGGCCAUAAAUCACCAGCUCUUCUCUCCCACUGCUCAUUUCUCACUAUCCAGCACCUUUCGGGGUCCCUCCGCGCAUCACUUUGAAUGUCAGGCCGGGGGCCGCCACAAGGGGGCCGCCACGUAGCUUUAAUUCACAGCAAAGGUGGCUGGCGGGCGACCCGCCGACGUCGAAGAUCGGCAGCUACACUUUUGUUCAUUUGAAGAGCACACCAAAGAUGAGGCCUUGUGUCCUCCCGCUAUUACGAGAAGGUGACAGAGUGGCACAUCCUGCCCUCCAUGAUCUCUGUUCGCAACAUAGUGAUGCAAAAAAAAAAACCUAGGACAAAAUGUGUUUUUUUUUUCUCGCGUAAUGAGUUGUCGCAGGAACUACAAAGAGUGAUGCCUCUUUUAUUUUUUGUGUGUAAUCUGUAGUCGCGCAAACUACAGGAUUUUUAUCGGAUUAUCUGCAUUUGCGAAGACGACAUCAAAGUAUUUUUGUUGCGUGAUCUGUAGGUGGCCCAGACUACCGGACUUUAUCGGACUAUCUCGUUGUGCAAAAACGAAUCCGCGGUUGCUUUCAUUGAAAUUUCUCGAUUAUUAAACAAUUUUCGGGGGGUAAUCUGGAGUCUUGAAAUUCACAGCGAGAGUGGUUCAUCUUCUCGCCGGCAAUCUCUUUGUUUGUAAAAACGUAAUACACCUUUUUUUCGGAGUGCGGUACUCUCAUACCAAAAUGUUCGGAUUAUCAAUUAUUUGCAUAAAAUCACAACAAUGCGAUGCAUCUUUUUUUGUGUUAUCUACACUCCUGAAAAACUACAAACAGGGUUCAUCUUCACUUGUAGUCGCACAAACUACAAGACUUAUAUCGGAAUAUCUGCAUUUGCGAAAACUACAAAGUAUUUUUGUUGCGUGAUCUGUAGGUGGCCCAGACUACCAGACUUUAUCGGACUAUCUCGAUGUGCAAAAACAAAUCCGCAUUUGCUUUCAUUGAAAUUUCUUGAUUAUUAAACAAUUUUUCGGGGGGUAAUCUGGAGUCUUGAAAUUCACAGCGAGAGUGGUUCAUCUUCUCGCCGGCAAUCUCUUUGUUUGUAAAAACGUAAUACACCUUUUUUUCGGAGUGCGGUACUCUCAUACCAAAAUGUUCGGAUUAUCCUUAUUUGCCUAAAAUCACAACAAUGCGAUGCAUCUUUUAUUGUAUAAUCUACACUCCCAAAAAACUACAAACAGGGUUCAUCUUCACUUGUAGUCGCACAAACUACAAGACUUAUAUCGGAAUAUCUGCAUUUGCGAAAACUACAAAGUAUUUUUGUUGCGUGAUCUGUAGGUGGCCAAGACUACCGGACUUUAUCGGACUAUCUCGAUGUGCAAAAACGAAUCCGCGGUUGCUUUCAUUGAAAUUUCUCGAUUAUUAAACAAUUUUUCGGGGGGUAAUCUGGAGUCUUGACAUUCACAGCGAGAGUGGUUCAUCUUCUCGCCGGCAAUCUCUUUGUUUGUAAAAACGUAAUACACCUUUUUUUCGGAGUGCGGUACUCUCAUACCAAAAUUUUCGGAUUAUCCUUAUUUGCAUAAAAUCACAACAAUGCGAUGCAUCUUUUAUUGUGUAAUCUACACUCCCAAAAAACUACAAACGGGGUUCCUCGUCACCUAUAGUCGCACAAACUACAAGACUUAUAUCGGAAUAUCUGCAUUUGCGAAAACUACAAAGUAUUUUUGCUGCGUGAUCUGUAGGUGGCCCAGACUACCGGACUUUAUCGGACUAUCUCGAUGUGCAAAAACGAAUCCGCGGUUGCUUUCAUUGAAAUUUCUCGAUUAUUAAACAAUUUUUCGAGCGGUAAUCUGGAGUCUUGAAAUUCACAGCGAGAGUGGUUCAUCUUCUCGCCGGCAAUCUCUUUGUUUGUAAAAACGUAAUACACCUUUUUUUCGGAGUGCGGUACUCUCAUACCAAAAUGUUCGGAUUAUCCUUAUUUGCAUAAAAUCACAACAAUGCGAUGCAUCUUUUUUUGUGUAAUCUACACUCCCGAAAAACUACAAACGGGGUUCAUCGUCACCUGUAGUCGCACAAACUACAAGACUUAUAUCGGAAUAUCUGCAUUUGCGAAAACUACAAAGUAUUUUUGUUGCGUGAUCUGUAGGUGGCCCAGACUACCAGACUUUAUCGGACUAUCUCGAUGUGCAAAAACUAAUCUGCAGUUGUUUUCAUUGAAAUUUCUCGAUUAUUAAACAAUUUUUCGGGGGGUAAUCUGUAGUCUUGAAAUUCGCAGCAAGAGUGGUUCAUCUUCUCGCGGGCAAUCUCUUUGUUUGUAAAAACGUAAAGUAAAAGAGUCCACCUUUUUUUUGGAGCGUGGUACUCUCAUACCAAAAUCAUACCAAAAUGUUCGGAUUAUCCUUAUUUGGAUAAAAUCACAACAAUGCGAUGCAUCUUUUAUUGUGUAAUCUACACUCCCAAAAAACUACAAACGGGGUUCAUCGUCACCUGUAGUCGCACAAACUACAAGACUUAUAUCGGAAUAUCUGCAUUUGCGAAAACUACAAAGUAUUUUUGUUGCGUGAUCUGUAGGUGGCCCAGACUACCAGACUUUAUCGGACUAUCUCGAUGUGCAAAAACAAAUCUGCAGUUGCUUUCAUUGAAAUUUCUCGAUUAUUAAACAAUUUUUCGAGGGGUAAUCUGUAGUCUUGAAAUUCGCAGCAAGAGUGGUUCAUCUUCUCGCGGGCAAUCUCUUUGUUUGUAAAAACGUAAAGUAAAAGAGUACACCUUUUUUUCGGAGUGCGGUACUCUCAUACCAAAAUGUUCGGAUUAUCCUUAUUUGCAUAAAAUCACAACAAUGCGAUGCAUCUUUUUUUGUGUAAUCUACACUCCUGAAAAACUACAAACGGGGUUCAUCGUCACCUGUAGUCGCAUAAACUACAAGACUUAUAUCGGAAUAUCUGCAUUUGCGAAAACUACAAAGUAUUUUUGUUGCGUGAUCUGUAGGUGGCCCAGACUACCAGACUUUAUCGGACUAUCUCGAUGUGCAAAAACAAAUCCGCAGUUGCUUUCAUUGAAAUUUCUCGAUUAUUAAACAAUUUUUCGAGGGGUAAUCUGGAGUCUUGAAAUUCACAGCGAGAGUGGUUCAUCUUCUCGCCGGCAAUCUCUUUGUUUGUAAAAACGUAAAGUAAAAGAGUACACCUUUUUUUCGGAGUGCGGUACUCUCAUACCAAAAUGUUCGGAUUAUCCUUAUUUGCAUAAAAUCACAACAAUGCGAUGCAUCUUUUUUUGUGUAAUCUACACUCCCAAAAAACUACAAACGGGGUUCAUCGUCACCUGUAGUCGCAUAAACUACAAGACUUAUAUCGGAAUAUCUGCAUUUGCGAAAACUACAAAGUAUUUUUGUUGCGUGAUCUGUAGGUGGCCCAGACUACCAGACUUUAUCGGACUAUCUCGAUGUGCAAAAACAAAUCCGCAGUUGCUUUCAUUGAAAUUUCUCGAUUAUUAAACAAUUUUUCGAGUGGUAAUCUGGAGUCUUGAAAUUCACAGCGAGAGUGGUUCAUCUUCUCGCCGGCAAUCUUUUUGUUUGUAAAAACGUAAUACACCUUUUUUUCGGAGUGCGGUACUCUCAUACCAAAAUGUUCGGAUUAUCCUUAUUUGCAUAAAAUCACAACAAUGCGAUGCAUCUUUUAUUGUGUAAUCUACACUCCUGAAAAACUACAAACGGGGUUCAUCGUCACCUGUAGUCGCACAAACUACAAGACUUAUAUCGGAAUAUCUGCAUUUGCGAAAACUACAAAGUAUUUUUGUUGCGUGAUCUGUAGGUGGCCCAGACUACCAGACUUUAUCGGACUAUCUCGAUGUGCAAAAACAAAUCCGCAGUUGCUUUCAUUGAAAUUUCUCGAUUAUUAAACAAUUUUUCGAGGGGUAAUCUGUAGUCUUGAAAUUCGCAGCAAGAGUGGUUCAUCUUCUCGCGGGCAAUCUCUUUGUUUGUAAAAACGUAAAGUAAAAGAGUACACCUUUUUUUCGGAGUGCGGUACUCUCAUACCAAAAUGUUCGGAUUAUCCUUAUUUGCAUAAAAUCACAACAAUGCGAUGCAUCUUUUAUUGUGUAAUCUACACUCCCGAAAAACUACAAACGGGGUUCAUCGUCACCUGUAGUCGCACAAACUACAAGACUUAUAUCGGAAUAUCUGCAUUUGCGAAAACUACAAAGUAUUUUUGUUGCGUGAUCUGUAGGUGGCCCAGACUACCAGACUUUAUCGGACUAUCUCGAUGUGCAAAAACAAAUCCGCAGUUGCUUUCAUUGAAAUUUCUCGAUUAUUAAACAAUUUUUCGAGGGGUAAUCUGGAGUCUUGAAAUUCACAGCGAGAGUGGUUCAUCUUCUCGCCGGCAAUCUUUUUGUUUGUAAAAACGUAAUACACCUUUUUUUCGGAGUGCGGUACUCUCAUACCAAAAUGUUCGGAUUAUCCUUAUUUGCAUAAAAUCACAACAAUGCGAUGCAUCUUUUAUUGUGUAAUCUACACUCCUGAAAAACUACAAACGGGGUUCAUCGUCACCUGUAGUCGCACAAACUACAAGACUUAUAUCGGAAUAUCUGCAUUUGCGAAAACUACAAAGUAUUUUUGUUGCGUGAUCUGUAGGUGGCCCAGACUACCAGACUUUAUCGGACUAUCUCGAUGUGCAAAAACAAAUCCGCAGUUGCUUUCAUUGAAAUUUCUCGAUUAUUAAACAAUUUUUCGAGGGGUAAUCUGUAGUCUUGAAAUUCGCAGCAAGAGUGGUUCAUCUUCUCGCGGGCAAUCUCUUUGUUUGUAAAAACGUAAAGUAAAAGAGUACACCUUUUUUUCGGAGUGCGGUACUCUCAUACCAAAAUGUUCGGAUUAUCCUUAUUUGCAUAAAAUCACAACAAUGCGAUGCAUCUUUUAUUGUGUAAUCUACACUCCCGAAAAACUACAAACGGGGUUCAUCGUCACCUGUUGUCGCACAAACUACAAGACUUAUAUCGGAAUAUCUGCAUUUGCGAAAACUACAAAGUAUUUUUGUUGCGUGAUCUGUAGGUGGCCAAGACUACUAGACUUUAUCGGACUAUCUCGAUGUGCAAAAACAAAUCCGCAUUUGCUUUCAUUGAAAUUUCUUGAUUAUUAAACAAUUUUUCGGGGGGUAAUCUGGAGUCUUGAAAUUCACAGCGAGAGUGGUUCAUCUUCUCGCCGGCAAUCUCUUUGUUUGUAAAAACGUAAUACACCUUUUUUUCGGAGUGCGGUACUCUCAUACCAAAAUGUUCGGAUUAUCCUUAUUUGCAUAAAAUCACAACAAUGCGAUGCAUCUUUUAUUGUGUAAUCUACACUCCCAAAAAACUACAAACGGGGUUCAUCGUCACCUGUAGUCGCACAAACUACAAGACUUAUAUCGGAAUAUCUGCAUUUGCGAAAACUACAAAGUAUUUUUGUUGCGUGAUCUGUAGGUGGCCCAGACUACCAGACUUUAUCGGACUAUCUCGAUGUGCAAAAACUAAUCUGCAGUUGCUUUCAUUGAAAUUUCUCGAUUAUUAAACAAUUUUUCGGGGGGUAAUCUGUAGUCUUGAAAUUCGCAGCAAGAGUGGUUCAUCUUCUCGCGGGCAAUCUCUUUGUUUGUAAAAACGUAAAGUAAAAGAGUCCACCUUUUUUUUGGAGCGUGGUACUCUCAUACCAAAAUCAUACCAAAAUGUUCGGAUUAUCCUUAUUUGGAUAAAAUCACAACAAUGCGAUGCAUCUUUUAUUGUGUAAUCUACACUCCCCAAAAACUACAAACGGGGUUCCUCGUCACCUGUAGUCGCACAAACUACAAGACUUAUAUCGGAAUAUCUGCAUUUGCGAAAAAUACAAAGUAUUUUUGUUGCGUGAUCUGUAGGUGGCCCAGACUACCAGACUUUAUCGGACUAUCUCGAUGUGCAAAAACAAAUCCGCAGUUGCUUUCAUUGAAAUUUCUCGAUUAUUAAACAAUUUUUCGAGGGGUAAUCUGGAGUCUUGAAAUUCACAGCGAGAGUGGUUCAUCUUCUCGCCGGCAAUCUCUUUGUUUGUAAAAACGUAAUACACCUUUUUUUCGGAGUGCGGUACUCUCAUACCAAAAUGUUCGGAUUAUCCUUAUUUGCAUAAAAUCACAACAAUGCGAUGCAUCUUUUAUUGUGUAAUCUACACUCCUGAAAAACUACAAACGGGGUUCAUCAUCACCUGUAGUCGCACAAACUACACGACUUAUAUCGGAAUAUCUGCAUUUGCGAAAACCACAAAGUAUUUUUGCUGCGUGAUCUGUAGGCGGCCCAGACUACCGGACUUUAUCGGACUAUCUCGAUGUGCAAAAACGAACCUGCAGUUGUUUUCAUUGAAAUUUCUCGAUUAUCUCGAUUUCUAAACUAUUUUUGGGGGGUAAUCUGUAGUCUUGAAAUUCACAGCGAGAGUGGUUCAUCUUCUCGCGGGCAAUCUCUUUGUUUGUAAAAACGUUAAGUAAAAGAGUACACCUUUUCUUUGGAGUGUGGUACUCUCAUACCAAAAUGUUCGGAUUAUCCUUAUUAGCAUAAAAUCACAACAAUGCGAUGCAUCUUUUUUUGUGUAAUCUACACUCCAGAAAAACUACAAACAGGGUUCAUCUUCACCUGUAGUCGCACAGACUACAAGACUUAUAUCGGAAUAUCUGCAUUUGCGAAAACUACAAAUUAUUUUUGACGCAUGAUCUCUAGGUGGCACAAACUUCAAGACUUUUAUCGGACUAUCUCCAUUUGCAAAAACAAAUCUACAGUUGCUUUCAUUGAAAUAUCUCGAUUUCUAAACUAUUUUUCGGGGGGUAAUCUGUAGUCUUGAAAUUCACAGAGAGAGUGGUCCAUCUUCUCGCGGGCAAUCCCUUUGUUUGUAAAAACGUAACGUGAAAAAUUAUACUUGGCGAUGCAUCUUUUAUUGUGUAAUCUAAACUCCCGAAGAACUACAAACGGGGUUCAUCUUCUGCUGGGUCAUCUGUAGUCUCAAAAACUACAAGACAUUUAUCGGAAAAGCUGCAUUCGCAAAAGCUACAACAAAGUAUUUUUUGCUGCGUGAUCUGUAGGUGGCACAAACUACCAAGAUUUUUAUCGGACUAUCUCCUAGUGCAUAAACUAAUCUGCAGUUGCUUUCAUUGAAAUAUCUGGAUUUCUAAACUAUUUUUGGGGGGUAAUCUGUAGUCUUGAAAUUUGCAGUGAGAGUGGUCCAUCUUCUCGCCGGCAAUCUCUUUGUUUGUAAAAACGUAAAGUGAAAAAUUAAACUUGACGAUGCAUCUUUUACUGUGCACUCUACACUCCCAAAAAACUACAAACGGGGUCCAUCUUCUGCUGGGUCAUCUGUAGUCGCAAAAACGACAAGACUUUUAUCGGAAUAUCUGAAUUUGCGAUAACUACAAAGUAUUUUUGCUGUGUAAUCUGUAGUCACAAAAACUACAAGACUUUUAUCGGAAAAGCUGCAUUUGCAAAAGUUAUAACAAAGUAUUUUUUUCUGCGUGAUCUGUAGGUGGCACAAACUUCAAGACUUUUAUCGGACUAUCUCCAUUCGCAAAAACAAAUCUGUUGUUGCUUUCAUCGGAAUAUCCCGAUUCCUAAAAAUUACGCCAAAUGAUUUUUUGCGGGGGGGUAAUCCGUAGUAAUCUACACUCCCGAAAAACUAUCUCCUACUGGGUGAUCGAUACAUCUUUCGUUAGAAAAAACUACGACAAAUGAUUUUUGUUGGGUAGUCUGUAGUCGCACCAACUCCGAAGGGGAUGCAUCUUUUACUAGAAUAUCUCCAUAUGCAAAAACUUCGACCAAGUAUUUUUGUUGAGUAAUCUGGAGUCCUGAAAUGUGCAGCAAGUGCGGUCCGUCUUCUUGUGGGCGGUAACGGAACGUAAAACACUACCUGCUCUACAAACUACAAGAAUGAUUCAUAUUUUGCCAGAUUAUUUCUAUUUUUGGAAAAAAAAACUACACAAUAAAAGAUGCAUCACAUUAUUGUAAUCUCCUGGAAAAACUGCCAAGUGUGGUCCCUCUUCUGUUGGUCGCAAAAACUUUAUAACACGGUGAUACAGCUUUCAUUUGCAAAAUCUUGGACAAUGUGAUACCGUGACUAUUUUGUCAAGUCCGGAAACCUGCCUGCAAAGCCCGUUAUGUGCGUUAGUUUUGUGUUUGCAAAAACCACAACAAAGUGAUGCAUCUUUUCUUGCCUAAAAUGUUGUUUGGAAAACUGCUUUGUCGUUUCCCAAAAAUACACCAGAGUGAUACAUCAUGUUUAUUCUGAGCUGCUAAUAAUGUAAGUAAAGUUUAGGAUUCCUCCGAAUAAGAUCCGGUUUUGUCGUCCGGGCUCCCCUUUUCCAAUCCAAUCACGCUUUCUCGAUACGGAACGAGGCGAUCAGCAGAGAUCCACUUCUAUUGAGAUUGUUUUAUUAUCAAUAUCGCACAUUAUUGUAAUCUAUAAUCCUGAAAAACUACCAAAUGUGGUCCAUCUUCUGUUGGGUCGCUAAAACUUUAACACGGUGAUACAGCUUUCAUUUGCAAAAUUUUGGAUACUGUGACUCUUUUGCCGAGUCUGGAAACCUGCCCGCAAUGCCCGUUAUGUGCGUUAGUUUUGUGUUUGCAAAAACCACAACAAAGUGAUACAUCUUUUCUCGCCUAAGCUGUAGUUUGGAAAAGUACCAUGUCGGAUUUUCAUCGUUUCCCAAAAAUACACCAGAGUGAUACAUCAUCACAGCACAUGUUUAUUCUGAGCUGCUAACAAUGUAAAUAGGAGUUUAGUAUUCCGAAAAAGAUCCGAUUUUGUCAUCCUUGCUCUCCUUUUCCAAUCCAAUCACGCUUUCUCGAUACGGAACGAGGCGAUCAGCAGAGAUCCACUUCUAUUGAGAUUGUUUUAUUAUCAAUAUCGCACAUUAUCGUAAUCUAUAAUCCUGAAAAACUACCAAAUGUGGUCCAUCUUCUGUUGGGUCGCAAAAACUUUAACACGGCGAUACAGCUUUCAUUUGCAAAAUCUUGGACAAUGUGAUCCUGUGACUCUUUUGUCGAGUCCGGAAACCUGCGAGCGAAGUCGUUAUGUGCGUUAGUUUUGUGUUUGCAAAAACCACAACAAAGUGAUGCAUCUUUUCUUGCCUAAAAUGUUGUUUGGAAAACUACUUUGUCGUUUCCCAAAAAUACACCAGAGUGAUACAUCAUGUUUAUUCUGAGCUGCUAAUAAUGUAAGUAGAGUUUAGGAUUCCGAACAAGAUCCGGUUUUGUCGUCCGGGCUCCCCUUUUCCAAUCCAAUCACGCUUUCUCGAUACGGAACGAGACGAUCAGCAGAGAUCCACUUCUAUUGAGAUUGUUUUAUUAUCAAUAUCACACACUAUUGUAAUCUAUAAUCCUGAAAAACUACCAGGUGGGGUCCAUCUUCUGUUGGGUGGCAAAAACUUUAUCAAAGUGAAACAGCCUCAAUUUGCAAAAUCUUGGAUACUGUGACUCUUUUGUCGAGUCCGGAAACCUGCCCGUUAUGUGCGUUAGUUUUGUGUUUGCAAAAACCACAACAAAGUGAUACAUCUUUUCUCGCCUAAACUGUAGUUUGGAAAAGUACCAUGUCAGAUUUUCAUCGUUUCCCAAAAAUACACCAGAGUGAUACAUCAUCACAGCACAUGUUUAUUCUGAGAUCCUAACAAUGUAAAUAGGAGUUUUGGAUUCCCAAUAAGAUCCAAUUUUGUCAUCCUUGCUCUCUUUUUCCUAUCCAAUCACGCUUUUUUGAUACGGAACGAGGCGAUCAGCAGAGAUCCACUUCUAUUGAGAUUUUUUUAUUAUCAAUAUCGCACAUUAUCGUAAUCUAUAAUCCUGAAAAACUACCAAAUGUGGUCCAUCUUCUGUUGGGUCGCAAAAACUUUAACACGACGAUACAGCUUUCAUUUGCAAAAUCUUGGACAAUGUGAUCCUGUGACUCUUUUGUCGAGUCCGGAAGCCUGCGAGCGAAGUCGUUAUGUGCGUUAGUUUUGUGUUUGCAAAAACCACAACAAAGUGAUGCAUCUUUUCUUGCUUAAGCUGUAGUUUGGAAAACUGCUUUGUCGUUUCCCAAAAAUACACCAGAGUGAUACAUCAUGUUUAUUCUGAGCUGCUAACAAUGUAAGUAGGAGUUUAGGAUUCCGAAUAAUAUCCGGUUUUGUCGUCUGGGCUCCCCUUUUCCAAUCCAAUCACGCUUUCUCGAUACGGAACGAGACGAUCAGCAGAGAUGCACUUCUAUUGAGAUUGUUUUAUUAUCAAUAUCACACUAUUGUAAUCUAUAAUCCUGAAAAAAUGACCAGGUGUGGUCCAUCUUCUGUUGGGUGGCAAAAACUUUAACACGGUGAUACAGCGUCAAUUUGCAAAAUCUUGGAUACUGUGACUCUUUUGUCGAGUCCGGAAACCUGCCCGUUAUGUGCGUUAGUUUUGUGUUUGCAAAAACCACAACAAAGUGAUACAUCUUUUCUCGCCUAAGCUGUAGUUUGGAAAAGUACCAUGUCGGAUUUUCAUCGUUUCCCAAAAAUACACCAGAGUGAUACAUCAUCACAGCCCAUGUUUAUUCUGAGCUGCUAACAAUGUAAAUAGGAGUUUUGGAUUCCGAUUUUGUCAUCCUUGCUCUCCUUUUCCAAUCCAAUCACGCUUUCUCGAUACGGAACAAGACGAUCAGCAGAGAUCAACUUCUAUUGAGAUUGUUUUAUUAUCAAUAUCGCAUAUUAUCGUAAUCUAUAAUCCUGAAAAACUACCAAAUGUGGUCCAUCUUCUGUUGGGUCGCAAAAACUUUAACACGACGAUACAGCUUUCAUUUGCAAAAUCUUGGACAAUGUGAUCCUGUGACUCUUUUGUUGAGUCCGGAAACCUGCGAGCGAAGUCGUUAUGUGCGUUAGUUUUGUGUUUGCAAAAACCACAACAAAGUGAUGCAUCUUUUCUUGCUUAAGCUGUAGUUUGGAAAACUACUUUGUCGUUUCCCAAAAAUACACCAGAGUGAUACAUCAUGUUUAUUCUGAGCUGCUAACAAUGUAAAUAGGAGUUUAGGAUUCCGAAUAAGAUCCGGUUUUGUCGUCCGGGCUCUCCUUUUCCAAUCCAAUCACGCUUUCGGAAGGAGACGAUCAGCAGAGAUCCACUUCUAUUGAGAUUUUUUUAUCAUCAAUUUCGGGGCCGAGCAUAUCUGUUGUAAAAUGAUUAGUUGUGUUUGCGUAUUUUAAGCUCUGUUCCUCCCCGAGCAGACCCAUGAGACACUCCCGCAAAAUGUUGGAUUGAACACACUUUUAUUUUUCAUGUUUCAACACCAACGGUGAAUGAUUUUAAUUGUAAACGAGCUCAUAAAAUACAGUAUUUUACAUGAUGUUGUUUGUGUUUGGAUGAGGAGAAUUCUCACCGAGUUUAUUUCACAAGGUUCGUACGUCGGGUGGAAUGUUUUGCGCACGUCACUCGCACCGUCGACAUUUCACUCCGGAGGCGUGGGAUCUUUUCUAUGUUUUCACCGGCGGUUGCAAUAAUAAUUUAAAAAGUGUUGAUUUGUGGUGUUUGUAAAGGACCGUGAGUUCAUGUUUUUAUACUUACAGUACAGAGCCACCUCUUGACCAAUGCUAAAUAAAAUGUCUUUGUUACUCUUCA